AUGAUUACAGAAAAAGACCUAGACCUGGUUAUUCCACAAAUAGCUAGACAACGAUCAAGUUCUAUUUCUCGCCCUCAAUCUCCAUGCUCGUCUCCAUAUUUUCGAAAAUUAUCCCAAAAGUCUACGCAUUCAAUACCUCUACGAACGACAAAUAUCCACGCAUUAGAAACAUUAUGGCGUAUAAAACGUCAGGAGCUACACGAAAACGUAGCGCAGAAGUCUAAACAACAUAUGAAAGAACAUCUUAUUAGAAAUCCUUCUACUCAUAACCCUACUGCCCAACCUAGAACUAUUUUUAAUGAUCUGGAAGAACGAAAUUUGCUGCAUUGGUCUCGUAGUGCUCCAGUGUUAAAUUGCCCUAAAUUACCGAUUGGAUAA